CACUGGACAUUCCGGUUCGCCGUCUGACGGCUUGGCGCAAAAGUAUCCGUUAUUCCUCGGAAAGUUGUAUAUUCGCUGUCGUAGUUUCAGGCGUCAGUCGGAUGAAUCGUCGCAGCUGUAGUUCGACAGUCCUGCGUAAUCGGGUCGAGCGGAGAAUAUAGCGACGCUGAAUGGGCGCUGUCUCAUCGACGAGUAGUUUUCCUGUUCAUGUUGUUGUCAGUGGUCAAUGAUCGGUUGGUUUGUCGUUAGUUCGUCUUGCUGCGAGGAGAGAGUGGGCGGAUCGAAGCAAAGGACGGGAUCGAUAGGUAACAAUAACAUGUAGCGACGAUUCUCAAUAAUUUUCAAAGAUAUCCGCAGGAAAACCGAAAAUGAUGAAAAUAUCAGAAUUUUUUACUAACAGUGGAAUUUAAAUAUCAGUGAAAGGGAUAGAAAGAGAGAUAAGGAGAAGAGAAAAAGUAGCCCUGUAAUCUGAAAGAUAGAAAACAGGUCGAUGAUCGGCGAUCGCGCCUUCUACCGAGCACGAAGUGCGAAGGGACAUCAUGCUGAGAUUUCUAUCACGACGAAGGGCGCGUAGCGUCAGCGGUCAAACCUCAUCGCAAAUAAAAAAUCAGAGAUUACCCAGUAAUAAAAAUGUAGUGCAAUGUAGGGUGGUGCUGUUGGAUGGCACAGAUUUACCUAUAGAGCUGUCAAAAAAAGCACUGGCCAGUGAUUUAUAUGAACAAGUAUUUUAUAGCUUAGAUUUAAUAGAGAAAGAUUACUUUGGACUACAGUAUACAGACAGUAAUAAUGUUCAACAUUGGUUAGAUCCUACAAAACCCAUCAAGAAGCAAGUAAAAAUUGGUCCACCAUAUACACUCAGACUCAAAGUAAAGUUCUAUUCUUCGGAACCAAACACACUGCGUGAAGAAUUGACGCGUUAUCAAUUCUUCCUGCAGUUAAAGCAGGAUGUUUUGGAAGGUAGACUUCAUUGUCCACAUCAAGUUGCGGUUCAAUUAGCUGCUCUGGCACUACAAUCUGAAUUGGGAGAUUACGAUGCUGCUAUGCAUACCGCGGCGACAGUCUCGGAAUUCCGCUUUGUGCCUGGACAAACAGAGCAGAUGGAACUGGAGAUAUUGGAGGAAUACACCAAGUACUCAGGCCUCAGUCCGGCGCAGGCGGAAUCCACAUAUCUCAGCAAGGCCAAGUGGCUGGACAUGUAUGGGGUGGACAUGCACACGGUGCUCGGCAAGGACGCUUGCGAGUACUCGUUGGGCUUGACUCCUACUGGUAUCUUGGUCUUCGAGGGCACGCAGAAGAUCGGUCUGUUCUUCUGGCCCAAGAUCGGUCGUUUAGAUUUCAAGAAGAAGAAAUUGACGUUGGUAGUAGUCGAAGAAGAUGACGAAGGCAGGGGCGAGCAAGAGCACACUUUCGUGUUCAGGCUAGUGAACGAAAAGGCAUGCAAGCACCUAUGGAAGUGCGCGGUCGAACAUCACGCUUUCUUCCGUCUACGUGCACCGGUCAAGGGUGCCAGUGGUCGUCAGAACUUCUUCCGCAUGGGCUCGCGUUUCCGCUACAGCGGCAAGACCGAGUUUCAGACGACACAGCUGAACCGGGCACGUCGCACUGUACAGUUCGAGCGACGACCGAGUCAGAGGUAUGCGCGCCGGCAGAGUCAUGUUCUUCGCGAGCGGCAGCGUCAACAGGUCGAGCAGACGCAACCCACCCCGCCUCCAGCUGAAGAAGAGCCUCUGCAGCGACAACCAAGUCGAUGCAGCACAAAGUCCUCGGACUCGAGUGUCCAAGGUACUUCUUCGCCCUUGGUGGACUCACUGCUGAAGUCCCUCGCCAAAGACCAACAGCCUCUGGAGGCGAGAAAUCAGACCACGGUGGCCAGCAGCGAGAAAGAGUCGGAACCUACGAAGACGAGCUUGACCGUGGAGACUAUCACCAAUCAAGUGCAGUUAGUACCAAACAAUCAAGUGGGCGGAACGUCGACGUUGCCGCCUCGAACUCCGAUCCCGCCGGAGUCACUCAAGUGUAACAUACUGAAGGCGACUCUCGAGCAGGGCAAAAACUCAAAUCUGAUCUCCAUCACCUCGACGGACGCGCCUGGCAUCAUCGCGAAAAAAAAUCAGCAUUCGGACGCAGCGACAAUUGUUUCCGUGGGCGGAGACAAGCUCACCCUCUCCGUGAGCGGAGCUACGACCGCGGUGAGCCCAACUACGGACGACACCGUGACUGUGACGCAUUUUUCGCUGGACAGCUGGGGCCAGAUCGAGCAGAAAACCACGCCACUGAGCCCGAAGGUGUCGAAUCAGUCACAGAAUCCCUUCAACCCGUUCACCAACGACACCGGCAGCGACAGCAGCCCCAACAACGCGACCGAGACUACCGAGGAGGAGGCUAAGCCGGAGGACGACAAACAAAAGAAUACGAAUCCGUUUAUCGACUCGAAUCCAUUCCUAGGUAUACUCAAUCCAUUCAAGGAUCUGCAACAACCGGUCGCGACCGAGAGAAAGGUCGAAGCGGCGGAGCCGGAAAAGGCAGCAGCCGGAGCGCGAGUCGUCAAAACGGAGGAGAUACAGACGACCACCACGACGCUCACGCACAAGGACGAGAGCCCGGCGGCGUCGGAUAUCAGUCCCUGGCUGGUGGAGGACUUGCUGCAGAGUCCCGCACCCGAUCAAACGCCUACCAAGCAUACGGUCGUCACGAGGAAGACGGUGAUUACUACACAAUUAUAAAAUAUUUAUUAAACAUACACACACACACACACACACACACACACAUAAAGGAUGCGUCGGAUACACACUACAUGUACAUAUGUAUGUAUAUACAUGCACCCGCGUACCACAAAACGUGCUACAAGAGGUCUGUUUUUUUUUUUAGUUCAACUAGUGCUGUACUAGAACUUGCUUUCUUUUCUCUUCAAUGUUCGAUUACGUUUAUUUGCCUUGCUUUAACAGGGUAAAAAGUGCAAACUAGUUGAGCUGGAAGCAACAGACCUAAGGUAGUAAGACCGACGUUGGUAUAUGGUUACUCUGGUGUUCCUCAGAGACUACCUGUGUGUCUUUUCUAUUUCGACGCGCUUAUCACACACAGAAAAUGCGUAACGUCGGUGCAUACGCAAGUGCAUACUGCUCGUCUACAAAAAUAUUUUCUCACAGAAAGAUUCCCGGACUCAAGUACUCAAGUGUAAAAGCGGGGAUAAAGCGUCAUUCGGGAGUGUACGACGUUAUCGUAUUAUUGUAAAUUGUCGCAAUUGGUAUAACGUUCUAUCAUUCUUGCUUUCUAUCUCUUCUCUCUGCUCUUCUGCAUAGCUCGUUAUGCAGAUUCGCGCUAAGCAGAUUAUAAAUAAAGUUUAGUCUAUCUGUAGCACCACGUUCUCUUUAAUUGUACGAUGCGUUUGUCUUAAGCUUACGUGUCGGUGGAAACAAGUGUCCUUACAACCUGCCAAUAUGUAUUAUAAGUACACAUGCCGAAAUCUCUUCGUCUUAGCCAGCUUUCUCUCCACGAUUCGCACUCGCGUCUUUUAUGUGUAUAAGAUAGACGUGCGCUCGAAUCGGUUCUCAAGAAAACUGCGAGUACAGCUGAGACGAGCGGGUCUGCGUGUUGAUCGCGAGGCAACUAUAUAUAUAUAUAUAUAUAUUGCUCAUGUCUC